AGAAUCUCUUUCGUUCGCUAUUUUACUGUUGAAAAAAAGGGUGGAAAUGGCGGGAAUCCUUCCAUCCUCUCCAACCUUAACCGUCACUCAGUCUCAAUUAAUCUCGCAGAGGCAGAGCGCUCACAGAUCUCGAAUCCGAUGCAGCUCGUCAUCCAGCGGAUCGGGGAACGGGAGCAAAGGCAACUCUAAUACUGGCGAAGACAUGGCCAGGAUCGGCGAAACGAAAACCCCUAAGAUUCUGAAAUUGGCGGUGAGCGGAGUCACCGAGUUUCUCAGACUCUUCUCUUCCCCCGGCGACGACCGAUUGGGGGAAGUGGGUAGCAGCGGUAGCGGAGCAACAGAUGAGGCCGUUUCGAUUUUCAACGCUGAUGAAGUCGUGAGAACACUCAAGAUUGAUUAUGAGAAUGCUUAUUUCGUGACAGGGAUUUUCACGUCUGCGCUCUACGUUGAAGAUUGUCUGUUUGAAGAUCCAACUAUUAGAUUCAGAGGUAAUUAGACACACCUUUGAAGCUCUGCUGAUGAAUGAAAGGGGUUGAGAUUGAUUGGUGGGGUGGUAUAUUUAUGUAUAUUUAGGGUUUAGCUCUGACACUGUGUAGUAGUUUGACUAAUAAGUUGUUAAUCUGUGCAUCUUACCUUGAUUCACAAGGUACUGAAUUAUAUGCACGCAACUUGAAGUUUUUUUUUUUUUUUCCCGAGAAAUGUCAAAAGAGAGCGCU